GAAGAAGGCGCGAGGGUCGUCUGUGUGUCGUGGCAUGUGCCUGGGGCGUCUGCAGCUGGCUGGGCGCCCGUGGCGCCUUGCCAGGUUCAAGGCCGGCUGCUCCAGCCCUCCGAGCUUCCGCCGUCAGCGCGCCGCAAGUUUGGUGCCCUUCUCAAGGAUCCAGCCUGCCUCUCUAGUAACUCAGGUCUGCUCUGGCAGUUCCUCGGAGUCCGGCAUGGUGAGCGGGUAGGGGACACCGAGCGUGCAGGAAGGCAGGCGGUGUGGAACAUGCCUUCGCCAGCGGGCACUUCUGCCAUUGGAGGCUUCACCCAUCUUGCCCAUGGCCUGCACGGGCCCGUCACUCUCCAGUGCCUUUGACAUUCUGAGUACAGCAGGCCAGAACAAGCUCCUGCAUCUUAAGCACAAGCUGAAGACCCUGCGCCCAUGCUGGCGGGGGGCGGACCUCCUGCACGCCAUGGUGCUUCUGACACUGGGCCAGGAGACUGAGGCCAGGAUCUCCCUGGAGGCCCUGAAGGCAGAUGCGGCGGCCCAGCUCGUGGCCUCCCAGUGGGCCAGCAUGGACAGUGGUGCUGAGGCCACAGAGGAGCCCCCAGAUGUGUCCUGGGCUGUCGCCCGGGUGUACCACCUGCUUGCCGAGGAGAAGCUGUGCCCGGCCUCUAUGCGGGAUGUGGCCUACCGGGCAGCACUCCAGGCUUUCAGCUCCAGGAAUGACCCUCAGCUUAGGGAGCUCCAGGAGGAGGCCCAGGAACGGUGCGGGUGGGACAUCAUCAGGGACCCUGGGGGCUUCCAUCCCCUUCACUCUGCUCUGGGCUGCCUCCCACCAUCCUCAGCAUCACCCUCUGCGACCCGAAGCCUUCCCCGGCCCAUUGAGGACCCUGUGGACUGGAGCAGAGGAUGCUCCCUGAGAUCCACCAGCACGCCAGCCUCCCUGGCCAGCAACUUAGAAAUUAGCCAGUCGCCCACUGUGGCCCUCCUCAGCCAGCCCCGCAGCCCCCAUGGGUCCAGCAAGCUGUGUGCUGAGCCCCCAGUACACCAGCCUGUCCCUGCAGGCUGCCAGGAGCCUGAGGAGAUGAGCUGGCCUAUGUCGGGAGAUAUGGCAGACAUCCCAGUACCAUCAAAUAGUCCAGCCCCCAGGCUUCCGGAGGUGGCCUCGGAUGCAAGCCCUGCUGGUCCAUCCAGCCCCUCUGAAGCUCCAGACACCAGCGCCCACUACCCGGUGGAAUGCACGGAAGUGUCACCGGCCCCCAAAUCUCUCCCCUCCCCCUCCAGAAACACCUGCCCUGUCAAGGACCAGAUACCACUACAAAUUCCCAUAGAAGAUACCUUUUCCUCGACAGCCCAGCCACGCCCCCCAACUCCCCUGGCCCCAAAGGCAUCCCCUUCCUGUCCUUCUCUGUUGACUCCUUGUUCGGCUCACCCGGCCUCCUUGAACCCCCGUCCCCCUUCCCCAGAGUCAGAGUCAUCAGAGCAGAAAUUCUACAACUUUGUGGUCUUGCACGCCAAGGCAGAUGAGCACAUCGCCCUGCGUGUCCGGGACAAGCUCGAGGCCCUGGGUGUGCCCAACGGGGCCACCCUCUGUGAGGAUUUCCAGGUGCCUGGGCGCAGCAAGCUGAGCUGCCUGCAGGACGCCAUAGACCACUCGGCCUUCACCAUCCUGCUGCUCACCGCCAGCUUCGACUGCAGUCUGAGCCUGCACCAGGUGAACCAUUCUCUGAUGAACAGCCUCACACGGCCAGGGUGGCAAGGCUGCGUGGUCCCUUUUCUGCCUCUAGAGAGCUCCCAGGCCCAGCUCAGCCCUGACACAUCCAAGCUGCUCACCAGCGUUGAGUGGCUAAAUGAGCACUCUGAGAUCUUUGCCAGGAAGGUAGCCAACACCUUCAACCCUCGUAAGCUGCGAGCUCGAAAGGCCAACUGGAAGAAGGAACAGGAUGCUCGGGCCCUGCAGGAGCAGUGCCAACACCUAGAGGGUGAGCGGCAACAGGCAGCGGCAUUAAAUGCCGCAUACUCAACCUAUCUCCAGACAUACUUGUCCUGGCAUUCACAGAUGAAUCAGCUCCAGGCAGCUUUUGAGAACAGCAUGGCAUUUGGGACUCAGUUGCCCUCUGGGGCUCGGGGGCCCCUGGGAGCCCGGCCACCCUUUCCUACCUGGCCCAGCCACCAGCCACCAACCCUGACUCCAUGGCUGGCUGGCACCCCCAGCCCAGCCUUCCCACAGCCUCCAGCCUUCCCUCAGCCUCCAGCCUUCCCACAGCCUCCAGCCUUCCCUCAGCCUCCAGCCUUCCCACAGCCUCCAGCCUUCCCGCAGCCUCCAUCCUUCCCACAGCCUCCAGCCUUCCCGCAGCCUCCAGCCUUCCCGCAGCCUCCAGCCUCCCCACAAGCCUCACCUGUGCCCCCUCAGAGCCCAGGGCUGCAGCCCCUCAUCAUCCACCAUGCACAGAUGGUGCAGCUGGGGCUCAACAACCACAUGUGGAACCAAAGAGGGACCCAGCCGCCUGAGGACAAGACACAGGAAGCAGAAUGACCAAGUGAUGAAGCUUAUGACCUUGACCAUCAGACGCCCUUGGGCCAUACCUUGGAGACUCCUCAUCUCCAGGGGUGCAGUGGAAGAUGGUGUCAUCUGCUAUUUUCAGGACAUUACUAGGGACACCUUCAUGUCUCAGGAAAUUGUGCAAAAUGGGUCCCAGUGACUAUCCAGCUCUUGGGAAGGCCAGGAUUAGACGUGGUGUUUACAAACUUGCUGUAUGGUGGUGGUGGGGAAUGGGCUAGGGGACAUUAGUACAGUGUUUUAAUUAUAAUAAAUAUUUAUUGAAUGCC